AACCAAAGAAACUUGUCGACGCUGACCAAACAACAUCACCUCACCUCGUGGUUUGUUUCUCACCGCCGGAUUGCGAUUCCGCUGAAAUCGACACGCUGCCUCCGUCGAUCGAAUCUCACGGUUUCGCUUGAUCAACCCCCGGCAACUCCGAUGCGUGGAAAUCGAACUGGAGCGUGGAUCAAAGUGCUUUGGUCGGGAUCUUCCCUUUUGGCCAUGGACGUUACAGGACAAGCAGCUAAGAAAGAGGUUUCAAAGAUUGUAAACGAUGAAGUUUCAUCAAUCGAGAUCAAAGUAUUGUUAUUCGCCAGAGCGCGUGAGCUCACGGGUGUGCCUGAUCUAAAACUGAAGAUGCCAUCGGGUAGUACAACAAAGAAAUGUAUGGACGAGUUGGUCAUCAAGUAUCCAAAGUUGGAAGAGGUACGCAGCUGCGUGGUUCUUGCUUUGAACGAGGAAUAUACAACUGAUUCGGCCAUUGUUAAACACCGAGAUGAGUUAGCCAUCAUACCUCCAAUAAGUGGUGGCUAAUGCCUUUUUUACUUGUAACUAAAUCCUCUUAACUUUGGGUUUUUGUAUUUUCAUUGGCAAUAAAAUCAUAAAUGUAACAGUUAAAAGA